CGAGGAGCUCCGAGUACAUUAUUCCUCCUUAUCAAAGUCAGGUGACAGCACUAACGUCCCCACUUCUUGCAGCUGACGAAGAGUAAAAUGUCGGCGAAAAAUGGAUUACCAGAACUUCUCCCAUGUCUAGACAUAAAUGACCCACAGUAUGAUGGGGUGGUGGUGGUUACAGACACCGUCCAAAAAUUGCUGGACAAUCAGUUGAACGCAGUGGCCGAAGCAGUACAGAACUAUGCAAAAAUUGACUCUGCUUACACUAAAGAGGUGGUAUUGAUCCACACAGAUGCUGUUCCCUCCAAAAGACUGAUCUUUGCCCCCACUGGUCCCCUGGACAGGGAUUAUGAUGAUGUCAGAAGAUUUGCUGAUGCAGCUGAAAAAGGAGUAAAGAGGGCACUACAGGCUGGCUGUAAGAGGCCCCUCCUUGUUCGUCCCGUGGACAACAGUUUUCCCAAGGCAGGAAGUGUGACCACACUGGGAUGUUUAUCUGCCCUCUAUGUGCCCCUGGAGAUACGAGAAGAUGUACCAUCCAAAGCCUCUAAGGUGGAGGCAUUGGGUAUCUGGUGUAAUUCUGAGGAGCGUGUCAAACAGGGUAUUGUCCUGGCCAAUGCUGUGGAGUCUGGCAGGAUUAUUACGAGAGACAUUGGGGGAUCAGACCCUGAAAGGAUGGCGGCCCCCAAUGUGGCCAAGUAUGUGGAGGAAGCAUUCAAGGACACCGCUAUCAAGGUGACUGUGAUAUCAGAUCCUGACACUCUCAGGAAGGAAUACCCACUGUAUGCUGCUGUAAACAGAGCCGCUAACCAGGUAGAGAGACAUCAAGGGAGAGUGAUUUUCUUGGAGUACACUGGAGAAGGAGAUAUUGACAAAACCCUGUUUCUGGUUGGCAAGGGUGUGACCUAUGACACUGGUGGAGCAGACAUCAAGGCGGGGGGUGUGAUGGCGGGGAUGCACAGAGAUAAGUGUGGGGCAGCUGCUGUUGCUGGGUUCUUCAAGAUUUUGAAUGAAAUGAAGCCCAAGGGCCUACGAGUUGUAGGAGCAAUGGCAAUGGUUAGAAACAGUGUAGGUUCUAAUUGCUAUGUGGCAGACGAGAUCAUUACUUCCCGAGCUGGAGUGAGGGUCAGGGUAGGGAACACAGAUGCGGAGGGACGGAUGGCCAUGGCUGACGUUCUUUGCUACCUGAAGGAACAGGCAAGAAGUGCAGUAAAUCCACAGCUAUUCACCAUAGCAACAUUGACAGGACAUGUUAUCAGAGCUUAUGGACCAAAUUAUUCAGCAAUUCUUGACAAUGGACCAGCAAGGAAUAUGAACAACGCUCAGAACAUCCAGGCUGCGGGGGAUACAUGGGGGGAUCCUUUUGAGAUCUCAACAAUCAGAAGAGAUGACUACGAUUUCCAUCGUGGUAAAUCCGAGUAUGAGGAUGUUCUACAGUGUAACAACUCCCCAUCAUCAGCCACCGCCCGUGGUCACCAAACCCCAGCAGCGUUUCUGAUAGAAGCCUCAGGAAUGGAGAAGCAUGGGAAAGAUUCUGACCAGCCAUUGCCCUAUUCCCACCUGGACAUUGCUGGUUCAUCAGGACCAUUCCCUGGAGUCCCCACAGGAGCCCCUAUUGUUGCCUUGGCAGCACAUUUUGUUUUCCCAAGAUGCUAAAUGUCUUUUCUCCGAGUUUGGGAACAAAUGACAAACAUAAUAUUUAGUAUUAUAUUUCUGUAUAAAAUAGAUAUGUAGAAUUUCAUUUAUUCAUAUUAUUGCAAUGCAUGUAAUCUUUACAAAACACCUAGUUAGAUUACAUAUGUCAAAUAGACAACAUGAUAAAAAUUCAUGAAAUGAACAAACUAGAUUUUCAAGUCUUACUAAUUCCAUGGUUAAAAUUGUCAUUAAUCAUAGGUACAUGGAAACAUUUUUGUGUGAUAUGAUUUUUGUCUCUCAAUAAACAAGUCUCUAGAC